GUUGCCGUUAGCCUCCUCUUAUGUAAAGCUAACGGAGCUCUGCGUGAUUAGCCACGUCAUGUAAACUUAGCACCGGGACAGUUCUGACCAAAAGGCAGCGACGAACUGCUCUCUUCCGGGAUAUUAGUGAGUUUCCACAGAGGAGCGGGUCGUCGGCGGAUAUAUCUGUCCUGGAAUCCUAUGGAAAGAUGUCCGACAUCGGCGACUGGUUCCGAAGCAUCCCCCCCAUCACCCGGUCCUGGUUCGCUGGCUCCAUAAUUGUUCCCUUCAUCGGGAAACUAGGGUUAAUAAACCCCAGGAAGCUCACCCUCGCCCCAGACCUAUUCUUCAGCAGAUUUCAUCUGUGGAGACCGGUGACCUCCACCCUGUACUUUCCAAUCUACCCCAACACUGGCUUCCUGUUCCUGGUCAACCUGUACUUCCUGUACCACUACUCCACCCGGUUGGAGACAGGAGCGUUCGAUGGAAAACCUGCCGACUACAUCUUCAUGCUCACGUUCAACUGGAUCUGCAUCGUUAUCACUGGACUGCUCAUGGACAUGCAGCUGCUGAUGAUCCCUCUCAUCAUGUCAGUCCUCUACGUCUGGGCUCAGUUCAACAAAGACACCAUCGUUCCCUUCUGGUUCGGGACCCGGUUCAAGGCCCAUUACCUGCCGUGGGUCAUCCUGGGCUUUAACUUCAUCAUCGGAGGCUCUUUCAUCGAUGAGCUGAUCGGGAACCUGGUGGGACACCUGUACUUCUUCCUCAUGGUCAAGUAUCCCAUGGACCUCGGAGGACGCUCCUUCCUGUCCACGCCACAGAUCCUGUACCGGUACUUCCCCAACCGGAGGGGAGGUGUGUCAGGCUUCGGAGCCCCUCCCAGCAGGAGAGCAGCCCCCCAGGAGGCGGCAGGAGGCGGAGGGGGGGGUCGACACAACUGGGGCCAGGGGUUCCGCUUGGGGGGUGAAUGAGGAGCAGCUCAGCCCCCCCCCCUCCCUGCUCUGCCCCGCCCACUAACAGAUGUGUGUGCAGUUUGUUUCUGGGUGAAAUGCUGGCGUUGUUUCCUGUCUGUAGAUCCAAGAUGGAAAUGGGAGGAGCCUGUGUUUAGUGGGUGGAGCCUGUGUUUCAUGGGAGGCGGUGCUGCACAUGGGGACUCUGAGGCUCAGUUCACCAGACGAAGCCCGUCUUUCUACUGUGGACGUCCACGGCAAACGGAUGGAACAAGAACACCAAUAAAUAGAUUUGGAUGUUUUGAUUCACAGCUCACACUCGUCCUGACUCCUCCUCCUCCUCCUCUGAACCCUUCCAUUGGACAGUCGAUGCAGAUGCUGUUCACCUCCUCCUCUGUCUCCUCAUCCUCUGUCUCCUCCCCCUCUGAACCCUUUCAUUGGACAGUUGAUGCAGAUGCUGUUCACCUCCUCCCUCCUCUUCCUGUUUCUCUCUGAUGCCAUAUCUGAUUGCGUUGUAAUUACUGAUGUUCUGGGCGUGUGCAGUUGAGCGGCGGUGGCGUCCACCGUCCGCUCAUUGUCAUCGUCUCCAGGUCUGAGAAUGCCUCCCGCUCAGACCUUAUCCAAACCUGUAGAGGAUGGGCUCUGGUUCUUUUGUAAAUAUAACAGUUGUUUAUUGAAACGA